UCUUAGAAAUCUCUUCGCGCUCGUUCCCUCUUCCGCCAAUGGAAUCCGAAACCCUAGCUCUCGAUCUAGACGACAAUGGCUUCCCCAUCGACUCCCUCUCUUCGGAAGAGGAACCCGUCGAUCGCGAUUCAGAAAAGGUGGAAGAACGAGGCCUGGUGAUUCCCAGUGCGGUGCAGAACACGGGCAGCUUCGCUUUGGAUUUCUACGCAGGUGGCACGGAUUGGUCGUGCUUGAUUUCGAAGGAAAAAUGCAGUGGAAACAAGGGCCUCGUGCAGAAGAACCUCUUCCAGGCGUGGGGGAUCGAAAAGCCAUCAUUGAUUCCUUCAAGGUCGAGCAUUUCAUUUUCUCCGCCUAGGAAGAGGCAUUGCUCGAAAAGGAUCGCUGAGGAUCGGAGUGGAACCGAGCGGCCCCGAAUUUGCCCAUUUUAUAAGAAAAUCCCAGGUACAUCCUUUGCGGUAGAUGCUUUCCGGUAUGGACUGAUUCAAGGAUGCUCAGGAUAUUUUCUUACGCACUUUCACUAUGACCACUAUGGCGGGUUGAGCAAAAGAUGGUCGCAUGGUCCUAUCUAUUGCAGUCCACUCACAGCUCGCUUGGUGAAAAUGUGUCUCUCGGUAAAUCCACUUUUCAUCUGUCCUUUGGAACUUGACACUGAGCACUUAAUUGAUGGGGUGAAAGUAACAAUGUUGGAGGCGAAUCAUUGCCCUGGUGCAGCUCUGGUUCAUUUUCGCCUAAAGGAUGGACGAUGUUAUCUGCACACCGGUGAUUUCCGGGCUUGUAAAAUGAUGCAGUCAUAUGCUCUUCUUACCUCUCAGCGGAUUAAUGUGCUUUACCUGGAUACAACUUAUUGCAAUCCCAAGUAUAGAUUUCCCCCCAAAGAAGAUGUUGUCAAUUUUGUUGUGCGGACAACGCGUAAAUAUUUAGAGAAGCAGCCAAAAACCCUUGUUGUUGUUGGAUCUUACAGUAUAGGGAAGGAGCAUGUCUAUGUCACAAUUUCACAAGCUUUAGGGGUCCAGAUAUACACAGAUCCUUCAAGGAGACGGAUUCUGCAAUCAUUUGGUUGGCCUCAACUUUGUGGGCAGCUUUGCUCAUCUGGUCAGACAUCUCCGCUCCAUGUUCUUCCUCUUUCAGUGUUACGACCUGAGAGCUUGAAGGAGUACUUGAAGAAAUAUUCUCCACAAUUCACAGCAGUUCUAGCAUUUCGUCCAACAGGGUGGACAUAUUCGGAGGCCACUGGAAACCAUUUGGAUCUAAUUAAACCCACCUCCAAAGGCAACAUCACUAUAUACGGUGUUCCCUACAGUGAGCACUCAAAUUAUGAAGAGCUCAGAGAAUUUGUGAAGUUCCUGAGACCAGAGAGGAUUAUUCCCACAGUUAAUGUGGGCAAUGCCGCAAACCGGGAUAAGAUGCAAUCUUACUUUCAAGAAUGGCUGAAAACAUAAUAUGUUUACUCUUGAGAUGCCUACCAUUUUUCAAGCAGUGCAAGUACUUAUUAUUUUCAGAUUGUCCAAGAAAUUCUGAAGCACCAAAGAGUAAACUGUUGGUCAUUUAUUCUGAGGUCAAAAUCAAGAGCUUCUUAGAAGAUUUUUUUAAUUACUCAUGCCAGAGCCAAAAACUACUUGUUAAGGCCUUGCUCGUGCCUUCUGCAGUAUGUGACGUCAUUGGAUAAUUUUUAUCUAUGAUUAGCAGAUUUUUCAUAAAUGGGUGAAGAAGAUGACAUUAUUGAUGAUGCAUUAAUUACUUUAAUGUCGAGCUUUUAUUGAGGGAAAAGAACAGAAGAUGCUUUCUUUUUUCAAGUUUCCUGCAUCACCCUUCAUUCAUGUAACUAUACCUCAAAUUGCAGUGCAUUUGAAUUCA